CCAAGUACUAGGAAUGGAAGUGUUCUGGUGACCGUUUACAGUGAUCACGUAGGAUGUGUUUGUGGCAGGUAUCGACAUGACAACAUAUGUAAACACUCUAUUGCUGUGGCUGCACGUCAAUCCAUUCUCUCCACCCACUUUAAUUUCCUCAAGAAGAAAUCAAAGAAAGGAAGCCGCACGGCCCUUGCAGAGUACGAUGUCAACAAGAAUACCGCAGGAAAGAAAGGGGCUAGAAAUAAAAACUCAUAUAGGCCGGAAACAUAUUGUAGCAGUGGAGUAGAACCAAGUAAUCAAGCAAGGCAGACAUUCACUGAAAUCCAUCAUAAUGAAAAUCAGUUUGUUUUGAUGUUCCUGCCACAAGAAGCCAGGACGUGCAAAUCAUGCGAAAUCGAGUUCUGUCAACGCAAGCAAGUCAUCCCAUUCAACAUGGUGUUUGCCCACAAAGAACGCUGGUUGUAUCCUGUUGAUGGCGAUUGGUCGAAAGCGAAAGCGUCAAAGAAGGAGACCAAUCGCUUUUAUCAUACUGCAAAGAAAUGCAUCAUUAAGAGAUUCCCCUAUUUCAAUUGGGAUUAUGUUGAAAUUCCGUCCCAUGUCGCUGAUUCUUUGAGUGAAUCGCACAGGAAGUAUCUCAGGAGCGAGUUUCAAGACGCUGUCGUAUAA